UAUCCAAACGUCAUCCCAGUAUGCGCCGAACAACUUCACAUUUUCCCAUUCAGGCAAAGGUUUCGCUGCUUACCUCUCGGAUCUCGUGGAAUGCGCGCGUAAACAGGUAGAAAGCUUCUUCGGACAGUCAAAUUAUUGUAUUUAUUUUAUCUAAACCACCCAUACACCGUUCAUUCACGACCGAUUAUUGACCAGCGCGGGGUACACGUAUUCCUACUCAAAAUUCUGCACCUCCCGCUGGACCAGGUUUGACGGUGUUAUAUUGCUCUGUGUGCAACUAUCUGUGAUUCCAGCUAUUUCACAGGGCUGAAGCUAGCUUGCCUGCUCUCCGAUCGAACGCUUAAACCCAUUUUCACUUGUCAACCUCUCUCUAUCCUCCCCACAGUUUACAUAUAUCCCGCGCAGGCGCCCAGCAUCCAUAAGACCACAGUUGCAGACUAAAACUCCAUACUAUAUACUAAAUUAAGCUAAAUUCUCUAAUUCUCCUCUAUCCUCAAUUCCCGUUGCACAACCCGUGCAUCAUGUUCUCCGGAUCUAAACCGUAUUCGGCGAUCACUGUUCAAAUCGACAGGCUCACAAGUGAAGAGUAUGACAUCGACGACUCGAGUGGAAUUGUAGACCUGAUCGAAGUGGUCCGCCUACAAACGACCGGUCCAAGUGAGGCCAGUCGCGCCCUAAGAAAGAAAUUAAAAUAUGGAUCCGUCCAUCGCCAGCUUCGGGCUCUUACAAUUCUAGACUUCAUUAUUCAGAAUACUGCCACCAGAUAUCUCCGCGGCUUCACUGAUGAGCCACUGCUCGAACGCCUUCGUGUAGCUGCUACAGAUCCAGUUUCAGACCAAGAAGUUAAAGACAAAUGCAGGCAACUGUUCUUACAAUGGUCGUCCUCCUUCAAUGGAGUUGCUGGUAUGGAACGGAUUGCGGCUCUUCACAAGCAACUGCCGCGACGGAAAAAGCCGAUGAACCUACAACAAUCCAAAGUCCUCAAGGAAACUGAAGCGCGUCCUGAAUCUCCAAUUGGUCACUCUGUAUCCAUUUCUACAGGCAAUGGCCCCUCUACCGUUUUGUCGUCUCCCACGUCUUCAAAGGCUUCCAGAUCUAGUAGGUCAAGUAUCUCCAAGAUAGCGAAAGAUAGGCCCUACCGCGGGAAGGCUUUCAAUCUCGAAAAGGAGAGGCCAGAAAUUCUGCAAACCAUUGCAUCCGCAUCCAUGGCAGGAACUAAUCUUUUGAAUUCGCUUAAACGGGUCAACCGUGAGAAUGAGCGUGUGAGUGACAACGCGGAAGUAAUGAGCCAAUUCGAUUUAUGCAAAGACCUACGGCGGCAAAUUUUGAGAUAUAUCCAACAUGUCGAAAGCGAAGAUUUCCUCGGAAGUCUUAUUCACGCGAACGACGAGCUGGUCAAUGCGCUUAUGACUUUUGAAGUUCUUGACAAAAGCGUCGACGAUGAUAGCGACAGCGAUAGUGAAGGCGGGAUAGGAGAGGCUGACGCGCCAGGUGGUAGGGGGAUGAACGAUGGGUUUGCGGAUCUCAAUCUUGGCGGAACCACCAAGCCUCCGCGACCUGCAAAACCGAGCAACUUCCCCUACAGCCCCCGAUCGUCAGUAUCGUACGAAAAACGAAAGGACGCGGAUAGUCAGAGUGAAGAGUCAGAAGAUGACGAAGAUGAUGAUGAAGACAACCCGUUCGGAGACAGGAAUGCAGUGAAUACUCCCGGUAUUGAGAGGUCUGAACCUACUUGGCGAGAAGUUUGAUGAUUCUUUUUUUAUGCGCCGGUAUAACUAUUCAUUCUCCCUUCCCCGCGAGCACCUCACAAAUACCAACGCGUCUCAGAAGUCCUCAUGUCUCUUUACGUCUCCCUCAUUUCGUUCCGCUAAAUAUGAAAAAUACCCUCCUCCAAGUGGCUUUUUGCCUAUGUCAGAGCAGGCUUCAAUAUUUGACCCAACUUGUGCUUCCUGGGUAGAAGACGUUUUUAUCAUGGCUAUAUGUCAGAAGAUAUCUAAUGAGAUAUGGUCAAUGACGGAAUUUGUAUACUUACCUGAUUGUGUCGCAUAGAUAUCUAUCAAGCGAUUCCUCUCCUUUUAACAGUUGAAGAUAGGCCCGUGGUGAUGUGGCCGCUGCUCUCUAUUUAUUCUUUACAGGCUAAUAAUAAUUAUCUUCUCCAAAGAACAGUUUUGGCCGUAUGCACAUAACAUACCGUGUGGAGGUGAGAUUUUGCUUGCUACAUGGGAAUCACUUGCAAUCCUUGACACACCCCUCCCUCCACGCACGUUUCCAUCCGCUUGUCAGAAUUAGAAACUGGAGAUCGGUCAUGUUGUAAACCUUUUCAAUUCAGACGGCUAUCAGAUCCCCUUAGUGCGCAUAUAAAUGAACCAAGGACUACGAAAAUGCUGUCCAAUAAAACUAUGCACGGGCACGUAUACAUGCUACGCUCGCAACACAAAAUAAAACAAUAUUAAACCCCCCUCUAGAAAUCCAACUCCCCCACAUGUCCCAGAAACGCCUUGUUUCCCCCUCCAGCCAACAACGCCUCAAUAUCUACUCUACCUGCUGUCAAAUACGUCUCGCUAACACCCAUAUUAAUUCUCUUCCCCAACAAUUCCCUCAGCUGAGCCUUGAGCCCCGCGACCUCUCCCUUCGUCAUACUUCCCACUGCCUUUUCCCUGGCCUCCCUCCCGCCGCCUCUCCCCCUUCCCCUCCCCUUCCCCUUAGCCUGCUCCGCAAAUUCCUCACUAUCAUAAUCAACCCCCAAAUCCUCCGCCGCGGACCGUAGCCAGUCAUCUUCAGACGACAGCUUCUCCUUCGCAAGCGCAUGGUCUGUUAUUUUCUUCGAGAGGGUGACGCGGGGACGCACGCGGGCUAUGACGCGCCGGUCCAAAUCGACAGAGUGCAGCGGGAGCCGCUUCGACGAAGACGAAGACGUGGCAGAUGUGUGGACUUUUGCCGCUAAGCGCGCCACGCCGACGAUUUCCUCGGGUGCGCAGAGCAGGAUGGAUUUACCCGAGGCGGAGGCGCGGGCUGUGCGGCCGGAUCGGUGCACGUAUGUAUCUGCAGUGCGGGGGACAUGGUAAUGAAUGAUAAGGUCGAUCCCCUUGAUGUCGAGGCCGCGUGCGGCGACGUCGGUUGCGACAAGGAUAGAAGAUGGAUCCGCAGUUGGAGAGGAGAAGCGUUCGACGGAGCGGAGACGGGCCUUCUGGGCCAUGGAGGAGUGGAGGGCGAGGGCGGGGAGAUUAAGGUUUUGGAGGAAGGCGGUCAGACGGCGGACGGCGGAGAUAGAAUUUGUGAAAACUAGUGUGCGGUGUUUCGGGUGGUAGAGCAUGAGAGUGUAGAGAUAUAAGUCCUGUUUGUGGGGUUUAGCGAUACUUGCAAGGUGAGGUUUUUCUUCGGUGGGGGAGGGGGAUGGGGGACAGCUUGGAUAGAAAAUGUAUCCUUACCUUCUCCAUAGCUGGACAUUCCACAAGACCUUCCUUGAGGUUCUCCGCCAUUUGAGCAACAGGAUUCACGUCUAUAAAUUUCGGUUUGUCUUCGCUGAAGUUGAGCUUUUUAAGUAGAUACUCCAUCGACUGCUUGUUAUCGAGCAGAUCUCCGUCAAAGAAACGGCUCUUUCCCGCCAGCUUCUGUUGCAGUCCCUUAUGAAAGGUCGCCGAGAAAACGAGCGUCUGCCUCCUAGGAGCCUUGGAAGCAUCAUCCGUGCUCUCUGAAUGGGAGGCAGGCUCUUCUAUUCCGUCAUUCGUCUCCUUGAGAUCAAGCGCAGUCACUAUCUCCUCAACCUCCUUGAAAUGCCCUUCACUGAGCAGUCGAUCUGCUUCGUCGACAACCAGAAACUUGAUAUUUUGAAACCUGCGCAAUAGACCGUGUCCUGUGCUGAUUACAUCCCAGAGCCGGCCUGGUGUACCGACAACGAUAUCCGCAUUAGCCAGAAGCCGUUGUUGUUUUUGAACGGAAAGGCCACCAGUCAACAAAGCAAUUCUCGCAUUGAUAUUUGGGGCAUUGGUGCAUAAUGCCGUAAUAUGUUUAGCUAGUUGGUGGGCGAGCUCUCUGGUCGGUGAUAAAAUCAGCGCAAUAGGAUCUUUCCCUACGGACUCUAGAUCUUUAUGCUGUUGUGAUGGUUCAUCGUGGCGAGUCUCUAGGUAAUAUUCCAGAAUGGGAAUACCAAAUGCCAGUGUCUUACCGGAACCUGUCGACGCUUUACCGACGACAUCAUGGCCGGCGGCGAUAGCGGGUAUACAUGCAGACUGAAUCGGAGUGGGCUUCGCGAAUUUGAGCUUCGACAGGCUUGUUUGAAUCUCAGCAGAUAUAUCCAGAGGGCCCCAGGCUGACACGUCCACCUCCUCUUCGUCAUCUUCAUUCAAAGCUUCAAAGGAUAUCCCAGAUUGUAGUUCAUCUUUGGGCGUGGCUUUUUUGUUAUUCUGGAGUUUGGUUUCCUUCAAUUUCUCCGGCUUCUUAUUCUGCGCUUUCUCUUGCUUUUUCUUCUUCUUCUCCUUUCUCUUCUCAGUCUUAUCAGCCUGGGUCUGUUUCUCCUUGACAUCGUCUACCCCCUCGUCAUUCGGCCCUUCAUCAUCGGAAAUCCCACUCCACUCGUCAGCGUCAUCCUUCGUAUCCGACGAUAUAUCUUUGGCGGCGGUAUUUUUCACUUUAUUUCUAGAAACCUACACGAAAAUCAACGUCAUGUAUUAGUUCAAUGUUCACAUAAUAUAAAAACCCUCCAUCCAAAAACACUCUAAUUUCACGCACCUUAAAUUUGACUUCUCCGUUCCCUGUUGGCCGCACAAUAUCCACGCCGUCAAUUUCCUCCAGGCCGAAGAAUCCCUCUGCAUCCUCCAACCUGUCUGGCAAAGCGACCUCUUUCCAAUCGAGCUGGUCAAUCCCGACGAUUUCUCCGUCGGCUCCGGUAACCUCGACUCGCUGGCGUUUCUUAGAUUUCCGCGACGGAUCUCGCGUGUCGCGCUCUCGUUUUUUCGCCAUAUUUGAUAAUAGCUUAUAUGUAUAUGAUCGUGAUUAAGGGUAGAUUCCUGAGAUCAGCCCGAUUUUAUGCCGUAAAUGCUGGUCCGGGUUGUGUUAAUUGUGAUAAUUGUGAUAGUCAUUCAAAGAAUUCUUCUGCCCGGGAAAAAAUGAAUUUUAGCUCCAAAAUAUUU